AUGCCUUCACGUCGUAUUAUGCCUCAGAAUCAAGUCUUCGCAAAUGGGCCGCCUACAAGGAUGUUGUUGCCUGUACCAGGACAAAGAGGGAGCGUGCCUGUUAAUGUGCCAAGAUCUAGCGAUAUUCUUUACAUACAGCGUUUGUCUCGUGUAUCUGAUGAACAGCGACUGUUUUUGGAUUUAAAAAUUAAGUUUCAGACUGUCACUGAACGUUUUACAGGUAAGAUAGGUUUAUACGUACAUAAAAAACUUUUUUUGAUAAAAAGUAUUUUUGUGAAUUAGUCCUGGUUAAACAUCUUAUAAUUUUAAAUUAUUCUUUGCUAUUUUAAAUAAACUUUUUUCAUUUUAAAACUCCAAUUUUACCUAAUUCUCUUCCAGGUGCCACAUGCAGCAUUUGCUAUGAAGACACAAAAGCAGAGGCCAUCAAAUGCUUACACUGUAAGAAGUAUGUAGCUUGUGUGGAAUGUGCUACAAACUGGAUUUGGAUUGAAGCAGCAUCGCCAUCUUGUCCAUGCUGUAGAGGCGAUUGGAAAGAUUUAAAGAAAGGCGUUGUCAAAAUUAUUCAGAAGCCUUCUUUGAUGAUUUCUGCAAUGGAUACUGAAAUUAUGGUAAAUGAUAGGGUUGUAUGGGGAUGCGGUGGCGUAACGCUAGGUUUUUUAUAGGUUUGUUACUAAUAUUGAUAUAAAUUAAUAUAUGUAUGAGUAGGAUAUGCAUUGACAGUUCAUUUGUACUCUAGUCUGUAGAGAUUGCAAGAAACUUUUGGGGCGGGUAAUUUUGGAAAAAACUUUCAAAAAGCUAUAUUAUGUUGUUAAGUCUUGUUAUACAUUUGGCUCUUACGUAGGCGACAUACUAGCUUACAGAAUGCGUAGGACAUGGGUAUAGUUGGAAAUUAUAAGUUGCAUUUUAGGUAUGGAAAGGAUAUGGGUAAAGGUAUUAUUAGGUUUUUCAAGUAAUUCUUUCCCUUUAACUCCAAAAAGUUUCUUUCAAAUGAGGUUCAGAAUUAUUUGAACAACCUAAUCUCAUGAAUGGAGGAAAAGGUAGUGAACGGUAUGAUAAAGUAAAUUCAAUUAGGGUAGGAUGGGAUAGUAGCGUCAGGGUAUAGUAGAAAGAUCGAAAACUUUUGUUGUCCAACACACAUUGCUUGCCCCAAAUUUUCGCAUUUUUUAAUAUUUCGAAUUCAAAAAAGCCAUUUCACUAAAAAUAUUGAAAUUAAAAGUUUUAUCUACCAUAAUAUCUUGUUCACCUUGAAAUAACCGUAUUUAGCUAGUCAAGCAGCUGCUGAAUGAGAAACGAACUCAACUGGUCGAAAGUAAUAAAAGGAAGGCGAAUCUGGCCAAGGAAGUGAAGACUUUGAAGGAGAAUGCAGCGGCCGAUAAGGAGAAGGUGGACGAUUUGCAACAGAAACUCUCGAAGCAGCAUGUAAGGUUAAUAAAACAUUUAGAAAUAGAAAAUUUUGGAUUUUAGGUUGAAUUUGUUACCUAAAAUACUAAAAUUUUAGGGUUUUCUAAUAUAGUUUACAUAAAAAUAGCAUUUUCUUUCAGCUAACAGCCCAAAAGCUUCGAGAAGAGAAGACCAAGAUACAAAAGGAGAUGGAAAAGGUAAAACAGGACCUAGAGAAAGCCAAAUCAACGGCCAGCAGACUGCCUUUGGUCGAGUUACCUUCAGCACAACGACCAACAAAGGCGUCGGCUGCGAAAGCCCAGAAAAAGAAGCCGGCUGUCAGCAAAGGCGCCUUGGAGAAUGUGACAUGGAAUUCAAAUCUGGAGAACGUGCAUCAGAACAACAAUUUGGAUGUUCAUAUUCCUAAUGAGAUGGUGAGUUUUGAAAGGGUUUUUCAUGUACAAUAUUAGGUCGUAUAAAAAGUAAUGAGCUAUGGAUGUCAUGGUGAUAUGGAGUUCGGUCGCUCAUUACUUUUUAUACAAUUUAAUAUGUUAUGUAUGGUAUCUUUUGAGAAUUAUGUGUAAUAUUAGGUUGCUUAAAUGAUUCUGUGCUUCUAUCAAAUCAUAAUUGUGGAGUUAAGAGGCACAGAAUUAUUUUAACGACCUAUCACUAUAUUAUACUUAACAUGUACUACCCUACACAAAGAGUGAAAGCUAAGGUGUCGUAGGAUAUGGCCCAAAACUUGACUUCUAAAAAGUUUUAAAUUAUUUUAAAGGUGAUUUAAAGGGACUUUGAGAUUACUGUUGCCAGUAUUAUGCUCAUGAAUAUGUUCAAGAGUCUUAUAUUACUCAUUUUUAGCUGUCGACUUCGACACAAACGUCGGAGAGAACGCCUAUUAAGAGUUCCGCAAUAUAUACUAACAAUAAUCAUAUCAUCGUAUAUGGAUUCAUUAUUACAUCGCUUGUUUUAAUUAUAAUUAUGUUAAUAAUAAAAUAUGUCUGA